UUCAAAGGUUGUAAUAAUUGGGUGUGGCCUAUCCCUCUAUGUACACGCCCACUAAAUAGCCAUGCAAGAAGAAGCUAGAGAUGACCGAGUGUUUGCAUCCAUUGUGGAGCAGAGAAAGCUGUUCUGUGUAGAGUUACCUGCUAUAGUUGAGAAUGAAGAUCGUGCUAUUUCUUGUCUGGGGGGAAUCAAUGCAAUCUCCAAGGCCCACAGUGAGAGUGGAGCUGCUCUGGAGAUGCGCUUCAGACCGGAGGAUCGCUACUGCAAACCAGCACUAGCACGAGAGGAUAAGGUCACGAACCUUGUACUCAGAGUGCGUCGUCGGCGGAGACAAGGGGAGAGUAAUGGCAGAGGUGAUUAUGAGUACUCCACUGAGCUUAUGGGAAUUGCUAACAAGAGCUUCCAUUUCCCAGGUAUGGCUGACUACCAGGUCCUGUCCCCUGGUCUCAAUGGCUCUGUUCCUCACACACACCCAGCUGACUUCCAACUAGCAAAUCCUCUGGAAGAUGGCUUCACUGAUCGCCAACUUCCUACCUUCUUCCCUCCUGCGUCAUUCAGCAAGUUUGACAAACCGUUCAACUACCUGACUCCCAAGACAGCAGUGUUGGUUGGAGUGGAGGAAGGGUCUGCCACUGAACCAGCACCACUCAAACAAAGACCCAAGAGAGUACACAACAUCUAUGGAUACAUGUGCAACUACAAGGGCAUGAUUCCCAGGGAACCACACCCACAAGCUUACGGCCUUCCCUUUGCUGACCAUCCCAAGAUACAAGAGCUCAAAGAUUUGUUGGAGGAGCGGCCACUGUGGACUAGGACAGCUCUACAGCACAGGGUGAAGCUAAAGGAAACUUUCCUGAGAUGUCUUCUCUCUGUGUUGUGUUACAAGUUUCUGAGUAUGCCCUUCAAGAACUUGUGGGUGAGGUUAGGCUAUGAUCCCCGCAGUGACCCCUCCAGCAAGCAGUACCAGGCCAUUGACUAUCGUGUCCCUCAAGACCUCAUGGGGAUGGUGCCAGAGAGCAGCAGGAAAGGAGGAUACAGGGGACUAGACAGUGGCUCACAGAGGGUUGGCGGGGAGGACAGUGGGAGAGGCCCAGAGGGCGGGUUGGAGGAGACAGCAUUCACUUUCCUACCAAACAAGUUCCCUACCCAGAGGCAACUCAUCUAUCAGCUGUGUGAUAUCAAGGACCCUGAAGUGCAGCAGCUAGUCCACUGUAAUGAUGAACAAGAGCCACACUUUGAGGAGCCCAAUGGAUGGUGUGAGACUGAUACUUACGAUAAGAUAAGGAGGCUACUAAAUACACGACUGAGAGCUAUCAGCAACACGCCAGCUAAAGAGGCGGCUCCAGUGGCAGUCAAGUGUGACAGCAAACGCAAGAAAACCAGAUCAAAGCAAAAAUGAACUUGAACAAUCUUUUUCACAAUAAUUAUACCAACCACAUCAUAACACGUUAAGUUGAUAAAAAUCAGUUGCCGAGGAUUAUCUGCAUACGUUACCAAAACAAUUUUUUUU